UGGUCUCAAAUCCACAGUGGAACACGUUUUGGAGUGGACAGAUGUCUUGAGCAGCUGAACGACUGCCUACCUACGCCUUGUCAAUGACAUUGCAUCGAUCAGGCUUAGAAUUCGAUGGAAGCCUGCCGGUUGUCCAAGUGACCCAUACUUGCUAACGCGGAUCUGGCCAGUAGUUUCAUUUUUCAGACUGCCCUUUUAAGUCCGCCUGUCCCUUCUAUGCACUGCGUGAAGGAAAGAUUUCUACCAUGGUCAGAAGAGAUAGGCCUUUAUGAAUAUUUUGAGAUCACAUUCGGGACAACUUCCAGCACUCUCUUCGUUGUUGUAUCCGCACCCGCAGUAUACUAUGCAUGAAAGCUGCUACUAGAGGCGCCCCAACCGUCUUCGAUCCACGUGCCGCUCAAACGUGCUUAUGAUAGUCAAAUGUUACUAUUUCCUAAACAGUCGGAGAAGCUAUUGCCAAGAUGUCAAUGUUCAAGUCGGCAGCAGAUAAUUCUUCGUCUGACGAGCAGCCUAGCUUUGACGAGAGCGAGCACCAUGUGGUUGCGAGCACAGAUCGCCAUGCGGGGUGUAGACCUCAACUCUCGAGGCGGCGCACAAGUCCUCCGUCGCUCCACGCGGAAAGUCAAGAAUCCCAAGCCGAUGAGCCCAAGGACGCCCUAGAUGUUGAUACCGAAGGCCAUGCCAACUACAUGACCGCCGCGCUUCUUGAAUUUUACUGCAUGUCUCGGGCAGCAGACAUGCUCAAUGCCCAAAAGGAUUCACAUAAACGCUUCACGAGAGAUUCUCCAGAGGUACAAUACCUAGGGAAGAAAAUGUACUCGUUCAAGUCACGGUUCCUGUCUUCGGUUGGUGUCUUGGCGGAUGGGGUUGAGAAAGACGAGUUGCGGUCAACAAGGCAGUAUUAUCGUGAUACGCUGGACAUGAUUGGGGCUUCAGCCUUGGAUGAUCUCAAGUUGGAUGAUGCCCACGCACAGACCCCGUCCAUAGGCGGUCCGCAAGAUGUGGUACUAGCCUCCAGGCCGCCGGGGGGUAUGCCAAUUCGUCCUGAUAGCCGAUCCGCCGGUUUUGCACAACAUCCGAGGAACCGCCGACCCGAUAUUCUGGAUAUCGAAAAGCUGCUUACGAGUGGAAACGAUAUCGGCAUGGGUCGUCAAUUGGAAAAUAUCCAUCUCGAUCCGGCGAACUGGCCUAUCCAACCAUCACCCCUCAUAGAAAGCUCCCCUGCAAGUUUUCCACUGUUCAGCGGAAACCUGCCACCUCCAAUCAAUCGCUUGUCUCGCUAUGCAGUGGAGUUCUCGGAAGUCAAGUUUCUCGGGCGUGGUUCGUUUGGUGAGGUAUAUCAUGUCAAGAACCACAUUGAUGGACAGGACUAUGCGGUAAAGAAGAUCCCACUUAGCCAAAAACGGCUCGAGCAGCUACAGCGUGGGGGUGGAAAUCAUCUCGAAACGAUCAUGAAAGAGAUCCGAACCCUCGCUCGCCUGGAACAUGCCAAUGUCGUCCGGUAUUACGGUGCGUGGGUGGAACAACAUCAGGCUCCUAAUCUCCCACCCGCGUCCCCGCAGGCCUCCAUUGAUUGCACGUUGGAAUCGACUCGGAGUAGCUUGGCUGGCCCAGAACCGACCGACAACCAAAGCUUCGGGGUUGUUUUUGAAUAUUCAGAGAAUUCAGCCCAACCGUCGGUGGGAGAAGCAUCGCACAGCUCUAGUCGAUCACAAGACGGCCUUCUUGAUACCCCUCCAGUGCCGCGUCGGAGGAGGAUGAGUUAUGUUGAAAGCGUCGAUGAAAGUAGCGGAGAGGUCGAAUCGAUCCCGCGAAACUUCAGCAAUGUUAGCCACAGUCAGACAUCCACAUUUGUCAGUGACGAUGAUGACAAUGACGACGAUAUUUUCACCGACGGAUUCAGUCAUAACCCGUCAAAUAUGCAAAUACAACGAACUUAUCAGAACGGAUCCCAAAUCCCCGCCGUCGUACUUCACAUCCAGAUGUCACUGCAUCCCCUUUCGCUCGGUUCGUACUUGAAUCCACAAUCGCCCCCCAGUGAAGAGGCGAAUAAUCCUCUACCACGACGCCACUGUUAUCAUUUGGUGCCCUCGUUGAAGUUGAUACUGAGCAUUAUCUCUGGCGUCGAAUAUCUCCACUCCAAGGGAAUCGUUCACCGUGAUCUAAAGCCCGCCAACAUCUUCCUUUCGUCUCCAGAAAACCGACAGGUCGAGUGCUGCUUCUCAUGCCAGUUGGGAAGUGAGAGUGCGUCUCGGUACUGCAAUCCCCGGAUUGGAGAUUUCGGUCUCGUGGCAGACAUUUCUCAUUUCAAUGAGCAAUCUCCGCAAAGCCCCACCACCACACCCCAGGGCGACCUGAAGUUCAAUCGCGUUGUGGGAACAGAAUUCUACCGCCCACCGUUGAGUAGCAGUGGGAUUGGCACUUCCAGCAAAGAUGCUCCUUUCGGGAAAGACACGGCUUGGUAUAUUAUUGACGAGACGCUGGAUAUAUUUUCUCUGGGCGUCAUACUAUUUGAGCUCUUAUACCGCCUCGGCACCAGGAUGGAACGCCAACUUGUCCUAUCGGAAUUGACGAGAGGCUCAUCUGCUCAUUCGUCUACUAGCUCGUCGCCUAAUGCACCAAUAUUCCCUGCGGACUUUGCACAGAAGAUCGACCAGGGCAACGCCAUGCUACCUUGUGGGAUGUCUAUAGCAGAGUCAUUGAUGACCUGUAUUCGACAAAUGUUGAAUUACCAUUCCCAUCAACGUUGGAGUUGUGUGGAUGUCCGGAAGCACUUGGAGAUGCUUCUCGCUUCCGUCGACAAACGUUGAUGAUCUGAACAUUUUCUUGACGCAGCGGUUUCGCGGUUAUACGUAUUGCAUUGUUGGUGUCAUUUAGAAGGAUAUCGUGUUUUGAGGAAUUGGUAUUUAGCUUAUGGGAAAACUCGUGUUGGGCUACUACUUGUUGACCGAGGGCCGAACGAACGAGGUGGAGGCGAUACAACAUACGGAACCAUUUUAUUUUUUUUUCUCGCCUCUCCGAUCGCGCAUUUCAUAG